ACACUUGCGCAUCAUUCGUGCACGUUAAUUUUUGGGGCAUACUUCGAUUGUGUUUGCUAUUAAUAUCGAACGGAGCGUUAUUCGUUGUUCGUCACUUCUCCACACAACUUUAUUAAGAUAUACUUUCAACAUUAUAUUUCCAGUUUACUGUACAGGAAAUUUACUUACACUUUUUUCGAGUCGUUAGUAUUGGGUACCUCGAUUGAAUCUGUAGGUACAUAGUAGUCUACGAUAUUUUGGGUUGUCAUAAACAUUGAUGCUGAUUGUCAAAGAACUAUGAGCUACCCGGAGAAACACGAUAACAUAACGAAGGAUGAAUGGGUCGCCAAGUUGGAAGAGAAUUCUUACACACAACGUGUUUCUAUGAACAAUUUGAUUAUGAAUUAUUUAGUUACAGAGGGAUUCAAAGAAGCUGCGGAGAAAUUUCAACAAGAGUCUGGAGUAGAGCCCACAGUAGAUCUAAGCUCUUUGGAUGACAGGAUUCGUAUUAGGGAAGCAAUUCAAAAUGGUCGUAUUCAGGAGGCAACGGAUCUCGUGAAUCAGCUGCAUCCAGAGUUAUUGGAUAACGAUAGAUAUCUUUACUUCCAUUUGCAGCAGCUGCAUCUAAUUGAACUGAUUCGUACAGGAAAAAUAGAGGAGGCUCUGCAGUUUGCUCAAGAUAGACUGAGCGAAGCUGGAGAAUCAGACGAUAUUAUUUUGUGUGAAUUAGAGCGUACUUUAGCUCUAUUGGCUUUUGAUGAGCCCCAUAAGAGCCCUUAUAGCGAUUUACUUCAUCCAACUCAUAGGCAAAAGAUAGCAAGCGAGCUGAAUGCAGCUAUAUUGAAGAUGGAGCACAAAGAGUCAACUAGCCCACGAUUAAAUAAUUUGCUGAAGAUGAUACUUUGGGCACAAGAUGAGCUGGAAAAGAAAAAAGUGAAGUAUCCAAAAAUGACAGAUUUGGGCAGUGCUACUAUUGAGAGUCCAAAAUAAUUGUAAACAGGCAAAGUGUGGGACAAUAUGAAUGUAUUUAUUAGUACAAGAAAAUGAACGUAUGAUUGUACCAUAUUAGUGUCUACCAUGUGAGCAGGGCUUAGGAAAAAAACAGACUUGAGCAUUUUAACAUA